CGUCACGUGACGCGAAGCCGCCCUGUCCCCGUGUCACGUGGCGCCUUAAAAAGGGGGCGGUCUUUCGCCGCGCUGGGCCUGGCUUCCCGUCAGUGUGUGUGGCGGCGGCGGCGGCGGAGGAGGAGGCGGCGGAGACGCAGAGUUCUACCUUGUAAAUACUGUUAUUUGUAUAUACUGUAAAUGAUGACCUCGGUGGGCACGAACCGGGCCCGGGGCAGCUGGGAGCAGGCGCAGACGCAGAACCAGACACAGCACAAGCAGCGGCCUCAGGCCACUGCGGAGCAGAUCCGGCUCGCACAGAUGAUCUCGGACCACAACGAUGCGGACUUUGAGGAGAAGGUGAAACAACUGAUCGACAUCACAGGCAAGAACCAGGACGAGUGUGUGAUCGCCCUCCACGACUGCAACGGGGACGUCAACAGAGCCAUCAACGUGCUCUUGGAAGGGAACCCCGACACGCACUCCUGGGAGAUGGUCGGGAAGAAGAAGGGCCUCUCGGGGCAGAAGGAGAGCGGGCAGGCCGAGCCCAGCGAAGAGGGCAAGGAGAACCACCGGGAGCGGGAGAGAGACUUCAGCCGGCGACGGGGCGGAGGGCUGCCCAGGAGGGGACGGGGCACCAGCCGCGGGAGAGAGUUUCGGGGGCAGGAGAACGGGCUGGACGGCGGCAAGACGGGCGGAUCCUCUGGACGAGGCACGGAGAGGGGCCGGCGCGGCCGUGGACGAGGCAGAGGCGGCUCCGGAAGGCGGGGAGGACGGUUCUCAGCCCAAGGCAUGGGGACCUUCAACCCUGCGGACUACGCGGAGCCCGCAAACGCCGAGGAAGGCUAUGGGAACAGCAACAGCAACACAUGGAACAACACCGGGAGCUUUGAGCCGGACGACGGGACGAGAGUUGAUUACAUUAGGGGUGAGGGGUCAAAUUAUCCCCGAAAAUUUGACACUGCUCCUGGUACGAGAAAUCCAGGCGCCUGGAGGACGGCCACCGAGGAGUGGGGCACCGAGGACUGGAACGAAGACCUUUCGGAGACCAAGAUCUUCACGGCGUCCAACGUCUCCGCCGUGCCGCUUCCUGCGGAAAACGUGACCAUCACGGCCGGACAGAGGAUCGACCUGGCGGUGCUGCUGGGCAAGACCCCGUCGUCCUCCCUGGAGACGGACUCGCCCAACCUGGACUCGUCCUCGUCGUCCUCGCAGGCCCCGGCCCUGAGCCAGCCUCUGGUCUUCAGCAACUCCAAGCAGAGCGCCAUCGCCCAGCCUGGGUCGGGGGCCGCCUUCGCCCACCACGGCAUGGUCAGCAUGCUGGGCAAGGGCUUUGGCGAGGUGGGCGAGGCCAAGGCCGGCGGACCCAGCGGAGGCACCACCACCACCACCACCGGCUCCCAGUUCCUGGAGCAGUUCAAGACGGCCCAGGCCUUGGCCCAGCUGGCCGCUCAGCACCCACAGCCGGCCGGGAGCAGCAGCAGCAGCGGCGGCGCCACUGGGGCCUCCUGGGAGAUCGGCGCCUCCAGCCAGGCCUCCUCGCUCGUCCAGUACGACCUGAAGAGCCCCUCGGAGCCUGCGUUUGGCAAGCGUCAGGCCUUCCCGGCCCCCUCCUCGUCCUCGUCCUCCUCGGCCAUGAUGGAGGCCUUCCUGCAGGACAAGCCUCCCGCCGGGCCCACCGCCUCCUCCUCGUCCUCCUCGGCCCCGCUGCCCCCCUCCUGCUCCCCGCUGUCCGGCAAGGCCCCCCCGGCCCCCCAGAUGUCCCCGGGCUCCUCCGACAACCAGUCCUCCAGCCCCCAGCCCGCCCAGCAGAAGCUCAAGCAGCAGAAGAAGAAGGCCUCGCUCACCUCCAAGAUCCCUGCUCUGGCUGUGGAGAUGCCUGGCUCCGCGGACAUUUCGGGGCUCAACCUGCAGUUCGGGGCCUUGCAGUUCGGCUCGGAGCCCGUCCUCUCGGAGUACGAACCGGCGCCCGCCUCCAGCAGCUCCGGCAGCCAGGCCCCGGGGAACCUCUACACGAGCACCGCCAGCGAGCCCCUGUCCUCGAUGGCGUCCACCAAGGGCCCGGAGCCGGGGUACCAGAGCGGGGCCCUGCCCUCCGUGGCCACGUAUACCUCCCAGAACAGCGCUCAGGGACCCCUCUACGAACAGAGAUCCACCCAGACCCGGCGGUACCCCAACUCCAUCUCCUCCUCGCCCCAGAAAGACCUGGCCCAGGCCAAGAAUGGCUUCAGUUCGGCGACGCCCUCGCAGUUGCAAACCACGCAAGCAGCCGAAGGUCCCUCGGGCCCCACGGUGAAGCCGGACUCCCCCUCGGCGCCCAGCCUGGCGGCCCCGCUCUCGGACCCGACCUCAGCGGCCUCCCUGCUGACCACCGCCCCCCAGCCGCACCCCUCGGUCCUUGGCGGCCUCAACCACGCCGAGGAGAUGCCCAGCGCGGCCGCCUCCCAGCACAGCAGGUACUCGCUGUCGGCCCCGCAGAACAGCCUCUCCUCCUCCACUUCCUCCGGACGCACAUCCACUUCCACCCUCUUGCACCCGAGCGGGGAGAGCGAUGCCGGGCUGCACUCCUCGGCCGGCACCUUCUCCGCCUCGUCGUCCUCCUCCUCCUCCUCGGUCUCGGCCGCCCCGCCCCCCCCUCCGCCGCAGGUGCCCAGCGCCAACGCCGCCUCCUCCUCCUCCUCCUCCUCGGGCCUCAACAGCAGCAGCAGCAGCAGCGUCAGCAGCCUGGGCCUCAGCCUGGGCAGCAACUCCACCGUCACCGCCACCAGCCGCAGCUCCGUGGCCACCACCUCAGGGAAGGCCCCUCCCAACCUGCCUCCCGGGGUGCCGCCUUUGCUGCCCAACCCCUACAUCAUGGCCCCGGGCCUCCUCCACGCCUACCCGCCACAGGUUUAUGGCUACGAUGACCUACAGAUGCUCCAGACAAGGUUCCCCUUGGACUACUACAGCAUCCCGUUCCCCACGCCGACCACCCCGCUCACCGGGAGGGACGCCAGCUUGAGCAGCAACCCAUACUCCGGCGACCUGGCGAAGUUUGGCCGCGGCGACGCCUCCUCCCCGUCCCCGGCGACGACGCUGGCGCAGCCGCAGCAGAGCCAGAGCCAGACGCACCACACCGCCCAGCAGGCCUUCCUCAACCCGGCCCUCCCGCCCGGCUACAGCUACACCAGCCUGCCCUACUACACCGGCGUCCCGGGACUGCCCAGCACCUUCCAGUACGGGCCUGCCGUCUUCCCCGUGGCCCCCACUUCUUCCAAGCAGCACAGCGUCAACGUCAGCGUCAACGCUUCAGCCACCCCCUUCCAGCAGCCCAGCGGGUACGGCUCCCACGGAUACAGCACAGGCGUGUCGGUGACAUCCAGCAACACGGGCGUGCCGGACAUCUCUGGCUCCGUCUACUCCAAAACACAGCAGUCCUUUGAGAAGCAGGGUUUCCACACCGGGACCCCGGCGGCCUCCUUCAACCUGCCCUCGGCCCUGGGCAGCGGCGGGCCCAUCAACCCGGCCACGGCCGCGGCCUACCCGCCGGCCCCCUUCAUGCACAUCCUGACCCCGCACCAGCAGGCCCACUCCCAGAUCCUGCACCACCACCUCCAGCAGGAUGGGCAGAGCGGGACCGGCCAGCGCAGCCAGGGCAGCUCCAUCCCGCAGAAGUCCCAGGCCAGCAAGUCGGCCUACAACAGCUACAACUGGGGCGCCAACUGAGCUGAGCAGGACACACGUCAACCCCACGACCGACAGACAGGCAGACGGACGGACAGACGGACGAGCGAGCGAGCGACGAGACGGACAGGCGGACGAGCGCAGACCCCACCCACCCAGGACGAGAGGGAGGAGGGGGCUCCGAGCUCCGUGGCCCAAAGCCGCCGGGCUCUGCAGAUAACCCCCCGCCCCGGCCUCGGCCCCUUCCCCCCCCUCCUCUUCUCUUCUUCUCUUGUAUGUAAUAUAGGAUUUGUAUCUUUUAUCGCCCCUUUGUUUUGCUUUUUCUUCCUUCCUUCCGUUCAGAUGACGAGCCAGCCGUUCAGCCGUAGGGGCCUUUUUAUUUUUUUCCCCCCGUUUUGUUUUUCUACUCCCCCUCCCCCUCCCCUUUCCCUGCCCCAAUUGACCGAAUAAACAAACGAUAAACAACAACAACGACGACCAAUCGCGGAUCCAAAGGAGUCACCCAAGCAAGGCCCGGAGACACGCCCCCUCCCAGAACUCCCCCUCCCCUUUAUUAUUAGGCAUAAGAGCAGUAAUUGAUAUCAACCGCGUUGUAAGAUUAAUUAGUUGAAGUGUUUUUUUUGUACUGUGUUCUAAAUUUAAUGGAUUCAUGUGUCUUGUAUAUAAAAAUGAAAACCCCACUCUCUUUC